CCGACCGGUGCGGCUGCGCGGCAACCAAAGCGGGUAAACCAGCCUCUGCAAUUUGAAGCUUGCAGUGGAAGAAGAAGAAGAAAGGGAGACGACGACGAGAUGACAGAGGAAACGAAGUUCAGCGUGAUGGUGAGCAUGUUCGAUUGGAUACAGAAGAGCAAAUACUCGGCCAAGAAGCGCUCCAAGUUCCGCAAGUUCCUCGAUACUUUCUGCAAGCCACGCGACUACUUCACCGCCGUUCGGUUGAUUCUGCCGGGGCUCGAUCGGGAGAGGGGUUCCUAUGGGCUGAAGGAGUCGGUGCUGGCGAGUUGCCUGAUUGAUGCACUUGGCAUGUCCAGAGACUCUCCUGACGCUCUCCGCCUCAUCAAUUGGCGGAAAGGGGGUGCGAAGACUGGCGCCAAUGCCGGAAAUUUUGCUCUUGUUGCUACCGAGGUUCUUCAACGAAGGCAAGGGAUGGCUUCCGGUGGACUGACGAUUAAGGAGCUUAAUGAGUUGCUUGACCGACUGGCUUGUAGCGAGAACAGGCCCGAGAAAAUUUCUAUUCUUGCUACUCUGAUUAAGAAGACGAAUGCUCAGGAGAUGAAGUGGGUUAUCAUGAUUAUUCUUAAAGAUUUGAAAUUGGGAUUAAGUGAAAAGAGUGUAUUUCAUGAAUUCCAUCCGGAUGCAGAAGACUUGUUUAACGUCACCUGUGACUUAAAGUUGGUCUGUGAAAAGUUGAGGGGCCGGCAUCAAAGGCAUAAGCGCCAGGAUAUUGAAGUUGGCAAGGCUGUUCGCCCUCAGCUAGCUAUGCGAGUUUCUGAUGCUCAAGCUGCAUGGAAAAAGCUUCAUGGUAAGGAAGUAGUGAUGGAAUGUAAAUUUGACGGUGAUCGGAUCCAAAUCCAUAAGAAUGGUGCUGAGGUCCACUUCUUCUCGAGGAACUUUAUUGAUCACUCUGAAUAUGAGCACGGAAUGUCAGACAUCAUUCAGCAAUGUGUUUUGGCUGACAGGUGCAUACUCGAUGGUGAAAUGUUGGUCUGGGAUAGUUCUUUGAAUCGAUUUGCAGAGUUUGGUUCAAAUCAGGAAAUAGCAAAAGCUGCAAAAGAUGGACUCGAUAGCCAUAAACAGUUGUGCUAUGUUGCAUUUGAUAUUCUUUAUGUUGGGGAUACUAGUGUGAUUCACCAAAGUUUAAAGGAAAGGCAUGAACUUCUCCGUUCAGCAGUAAACCCUGUCAAGGGUCGAUUGGAGAUCUUGGUACCUAGUGGAGGCCUGAAUAGUCAUUGCCCUCCUGGGGAACCUUGCUGCUCGCUUAUUGCUCAUAGUCUGGAUGAUGUAGACAAGUUCUUCAAGCAAAUAGUUGAGAAUAGAGAUGAAGGGAUUGUGUUGAAAGAUCUUGACUCCAAAUGGGAACCUGGGGACCGAAGUGGAAAGUGGUUGAAACUUAAACCCGAUUACAUUCGUGCUGGUUCAGAUUUGGAUGUUCUUAUCAUUGGAGGGUACUAUGGUUCAGGGCGACGAGGAGGAGAGGUGGCUCAAUUCCUGGUGGGACUAGCAGAACGUCCGUUGGCAGAUACAUAUCCGAGACGGUUCAUCUCGUUUUGCAGAGUCGGUACUGGAUUGUCUGAUGACGAGCUAAAUGCUGUUGUUACAAAAUUGAAGCCUUACUUUAGGAAAUAUGAUUAUCCAAAAAAGGCACCUCCAAGUUUCUACCAAGUUACAAAUAACUCUAAAGAGAGACCAGAUGUGUGGAUUGAGAGUCCUGAAAAGUCAGUGAUUCUUUCCAUCACUAGUGACAUUCGAACUAUAAGGUCUGAGGUAUUUGCUGCACCAUACAGCUUAAGAUUUCCCCGGAUUGACAGAGUACGGUAUGACAAACCAUGGCAUGAAUGUCUUGAUGUACAGUCUUUCAUAGAACUUGUUCAUUCGAGUAAUGGCACCACAACAAAGGUUCAAGAAGAUGGAGGCCCGCAAUAUGACAAACCAGCACGUGCAAAACCCUCCAAAAGGGGCGAGAAAAAGAAAGUUUCUGUUGUUCCUUCGCAUCUAAUUCAGACGGACGUUUCGGAGAUCAAGGGGCAAAGCUUGAUAUUCUCAAAUAUGAUGUUCUACUUUGUCAAUGUACCUUCAACCCAUACACUCGAUUCUUUUCACAAAAUGGUUGUGCAAAAUGGAGGAACUUUCUCUAUGAAUCUGAACAAUUCAGUUACCCACUGCAUAGCAGCUGAAAGCAAAGGGAUUAAGUAUCAAGCUGCAAAGACUAAUAAUGAUAUCAUUCAUUAUUCUUGGAUCUUGGACUGCUGUGCAGCGAAGAAGCUCGUUCCUUUACAACCAAAGUACUUCAUCUACCUUUCCGGCACUUCAAAGAAGAAGUUGCAGGAGGAAAUCGAUGAGUUCUCCGAUCCGUAUUUCUGGGAUCUGGACCUUGCAUCCAUGAAACAGAUAUUAUCCAACAUUACCGCAAGCAAAUACACAAGUACGGUCGAGGGCCUCAAGAAUAAGUACAGCCCAAACGAGAAGUGGAUUCGAUUUUGUGGUUGCUGCGUUUACUUCCACCAUUCGCUUCAGUCUCUAACACCCGAGUGGGAGUCUUUAAUGGAGAUUACAUUGAGAAGGCUGAAGCUUGAUCUGUUGAUGGGUGGUGGGAAGAUCAGCAGUAAUCUUGCUCAUGCAACCCAUCUGGUUGUCCUGACACCACAAGGAUUGAAUGUAGACUUGGUUUCCCUUAUGGAGAGCUUCACGGAAAAGGAGAGACACCACAUACGAAACAAGAGGUUUAAUGUGGUCGGAUGGCAGUGGUUGGAGAAGUCCAUGGAGAAAGAUAAAAGGUUGGAAGAAGAUGCAUACAGCUUGAAGCCGGCCGGGUUUGAAGAGUGGAGUGGUGACGAAUGGGAACCUGGUGUAGGAAUGGAAGAAGGGAACCAUUUUUCAGAUUAUGUAGAAAUCUCGACAACCAGGGAAGCUGAGGAGAGGGUUGAAACCAGUUUUGAACUACCAAUAUCACGAGGCAAAGGGCAGAACAAGAAGAAAAGAGGGAGGCCUGCCGGUGUAGCCAAUAAAGGGAAACCACCUGUGGUUAGAAGAACAAGGGCACGCGUUAUGAAUAAACCCGUGAAGAUAACCGAGACAAAAUCAGAGGAAAGUAGCUCAGCUGAGGAUGUGAACAACAAGCACUCACUUUUCCAUCAAGCAGAAGAUGUGGGAGAGGCAAAACCAGUUGAAGGCUUUCCUGUAGAUGACAGUAAACAAGGAAUUGAGGAGUUGGGUGAAUAUCGAUCUCUUGACUUUGAGAUGAAAUAUGGAAACAAGGAUGGCCAUGGGGAGCCUGAGAAGCUGGAGGUCAUGGUCGAUCCGGUGAAUGCCAUGUUGAUGGACAUGAUUCCCAGCCUGGGGCUGAAGAUGGCAGAAUCCAAAGAAGAUCUUCCGCUCCGUGUACAUGACCAAAAGGCGUCCGAAUCUACUAUUCAGCAGCCUCCCCCAGGAAAGAAAAGGAAAAUGAGCUUCAAGGAGUUGGCAGAGGAGGUGCUAAAGGAUUAGAGAAAGAUACUGUCAUGAUCCUUGUAUUAUACAUGUAGUUCUUAAUGUUGCACAGCUCACUAAACUAGUAAAAACUUGUUGCCAGCAGUUGAUAGUUCUGAAUGAUGACUUUUGGCUUAUCAAUGACCUUUUUUAUCAACUGGCCAACUAUAUCCAUUUACUGGGUCAUUCGUAGUCAUCCUCUAUCAAAAUCAUUAACAGUACAAUCAUUAUAGCAACAUAUGGGAAAAGCAGUCACUGAUCAUAGUUCACAGCUAGAAGUAAUGCACAUUCUUAGAGAAGUGAUAAGAACAAACUGAAUGAAGAGGAAAAGAAGCCUUUGUUCCUUCCCUUCCAUACAAGGAGGUAAAAGAGGGAGGAGAAGCCCCAAGAACAAGAAUCACCACCCGUAUUUGGCUUGGGUUUUGAGCUUUGGUGAGGAAUGUAUGAAAAGAACAAACGGAAUGAAGAUGAAAAGAAGCCUUUCUUCCUUCCCUUCCAUACAAGGUGGCAAAAGUGGGAGGAGAAGCCCCAAGUAUCACCACCCGUAUUUGGCUUGGGUUUGAGCUUUAGUGAGGAAGCCCUUUGAGCGCCGCUCUUGCAAUUCCAUCUCCUUCUGCCUCAUGUCGAGGUAUAGAGUACCGAUCUGAUGCUUCCUCUUGUGAAGUUUUGAAGGCUUACCCUUGGCAGUAGAAACAGGCUACAAACAGGACAUUCUAUAUUAGAGAAAGACAUGAAAUUGCCAGAUUGCUCAACAAGUAAUAGUAAAACAAAUUCCCCUACAUAAGCAUUCAGCUUUUCCCACAACCCCCACUUUCUACACUAUAAAUCCGCAAACGAUCUAAAGCUUAAAGAAGAAAGCUUGAAACUUUCA